AUGUCCAUCCCCUACAGUGGAACUUUCAGGAGAUCCGGAGGGGUGGUAUCGGCAAUAGGAAAACAAUUAAGAGCCGUAAACCUGAAAGCUGCAAGAAGAAUAACUGUUAAAUUCGAUCCAUUUAGCGAUAACGUUACUCACACUAGGAACUUCUUGCAUUACAUCAGUUCACCUAAAGUAGCUCUAACAAAUCCAAACUGUGUAUUGAAAACAGAGAUAAUUUGUGAUAGAAGUGAGCCUACAGUCGAUAUUAGUAUAAUACCAUCAAUAGCAGAAUCUACAAAUUUAAAAAGUGUUACAUUGAAAAGUGGAAAUUUAACCUGCUUAGAGAUCUUACAACUCUUAAACAAGCAUAUCUCUGCAUUAGCACCACCAGAACAAAUCGUAACUCAUACCAAAUUAGAUAAGAAGUCAAAGAAGAAAUAA